GAGCUUUCUCCCACCGCUUGUUCACGGAGUGAAGGAAGCUGAAAGUUGGAAACAGAGCUGGGGCCAAAGAGCUUUGCGUUAAAGUGAAUAAACAGGUACAGGGACAGAUGCUGGGAAGCUAAUACUCGGCUGAUGGGGACUAGCUAAUGGAGAUCCAGCUAGUAACAGUGAAGGAAGAGAUUGGAUCAGUUCUACCCACUGCAUGUCCCCUGUGCCAGGAUGACCUGCCAAACCUUGCUGGGCCCCACGAGCAAAUUCCCCAAUGUCAGGGGUGCAGAAACCUCCUUUUAGAGCCUCAGAGCUGGUUGUCUAGCAGUAUUGACGCUUUGGUCCUCCCAGCUGAGAGGCCCUUCAGCUGCUCUUUCUGCCCUAAACGCUUCAAGAGGGCUUCAGACCGGCGUGAUCAUGAACGGGUGCAUACGGGCGAAAGGCCAUAUGAAUGUGGCAUCUGUGGCAAGCGUUUCACUCAGAGCUCGGUGCUGUCUGGCCACAUGCGCAUUCACACUGGCGAACGGCCUUUCCACUGCGGCGUCUGCUUUAAAUCUUUCAAUAAUGGCUCAAACUUCCGCAAGCACCAACGCAUUCACGGCCCACCAUUUGGUUACAGCGAAAGGAGAGUUGAUGGGAAGGACUGUGAUUCCCUGUCUGGAACGAAACUGGAUCAAAUUAAAGAAGGAAAGGAUGACAGAAGUCUAAGCCCUACCCUUCUGUCGAAGCAAAACAGCUGUCAGGCCACCAAAGAGUUGAGAGAAGACGAGGACAAGGCAGAUCAAAACCUUAAAGGGAGGCAAAACUGCUUUUAUAAUAAUAGACUAAGCCAAGAGGGUUAUUGCAAUCGCAACCAGAGACAACCAGGUGGUAGCAUGGAUAACUUCAAAAGAACGGGACUACGACAGGAUGAUGCCAGUCCUGGUAUUGAUCUUGCUAUAAGGCCAGGCAGCCAAGCCAGUCUCAGCAUAGACGCUCUGAAGCAGGCAAGCAAUAGCAAAGGGCGUAUUGGGGAACUAGGGAGAAACAGCAAUUGCGGCGACAGCCGAGAAGCCAUUCCAAAUGGCCACAGCUUCAAACAACUGCAAGAUGCAAGCACUGAAAAUCACACUGAUGACUCAAGGCAAAACAGAGCAGGAGGAAGCCCCAUUCAGCAAGAACAGAAGCAACUGGUUGACAGCUGCAAUGGCAAGUUACAGCUAGAGAACAGCAGCUGUGGGAAAGGCCUUUUGCCAGCUGGGGACAACAGGGGCUCUGCUAGCAAGCUGAAUCAAGAGAGCUCUGAUAGAGACUUUGCAGUAAGCAGGCCAAAUGGCCUCAGAGGGUUCAAGCAGAGCAGAGGGGGAAGUGCAGGUACAGAGAUGAGGCAGAAUAGUAGAGGGGAAAGCCAUGCCAGGGGACUGAAUCAAAGCAAAAAUACCCACAUUUCAGAGCCAGAACAAAACAAUGUCCAUGGAGCCUUUAGAGAAAGAGAGCUGACACAGGAUAGUAGCACCCAUGGGGGCUUUCCAACGUGUGCCCCAGAAAAGGUGAACAUUCUCACAGUGAAACCAAAUAUGUGGCCCUGUUCAGACAAAGACAUUAUAGCCUGGGAAGAUCCCGGUAUAGAAAUGGAUGAAUCCAAAGGCUAUUCUCCCAGUCUGAAGGCCAGAAGAUCACCUUGGCAAUUGGAGAAUCCUGAUCCAUGUUCUAUACCUUACAGUGCUUCUGGACCUUGCAGGGGCCACUCUUUACGGGAUCAGUUUGGAAGUACUGCUCAGCACAGGAAAGAUAAAGAAAGCCCUACUUCUUGCUUUCUCUUCCCAGAUUCUGAGCCCCGUGAUGGACACUCCCAGUCUGCCCAUGAAUCCAAGCCAUUUCUCUGCUUUGCCUGCCCCAAACAGUUCCGUCGCGCCACAGAUCUGAAGGAGCAUCUGCGAGUGCACACAGGCGAAAGGCCCUUUGGCUGCAGUGUCUGUGGCAAGAGGUUUACUCAGAGCUCAGCCUUAGCCACUCACCGGAGGCUGCACACUGGAGAGAAGCCCUUUGAAUGUGCUGUCUGUUGCCGACGUUUCAAUAACUCCUCUAACUUUGCCAAGCAUCGUCGACUACAUGGGCAGGACAGCACGGGGCACAGGAAUAAAGUAGCAGAAAAAGAGCUCUGGAGUGUCAAACCGCACUGAUUUUGUUUUUAAGCAGGAAUUCAUACAUUGGGAGGUAGAACACAAUAACCAAGGAUGAAAUGUACUCUCACAUACUGAAUGCUGAAUUUGGUACCCUUGUUUAUUUUUAGUAAACAAGUUUCUAGACAACUCAGUGCCUCCAGAUGUUUUGAAAUUCAAUGCCCAUCAACUCCAAUCGGCAUGUUUAUAGUGGGGAAUUGUACCCCAAAUCAUUGGAAACCACCAGGUUGCAUAUCUGUGCCCCAACUUGCAGUUCCAAUGGAAUGUCACCUGGGACCUGGUAUUUCAUAGGCACAUCACAGAGUUGUAUGCUGCUUUUCUUGACUGAUUCUUAACAACAGUAAACCAGACACUGGAAAUUGCAAUCAAAUUAUGGUUUCUAAUUCCAGACUGUGAAUAACCAUGGAAGCUUAAAAUGCAAAGGCAAGGAGUAUGCAGAUCUGUGAUGCAUUUAGAUAACGCCAUCCUGGGUUUGGUACUACGCUUGGACUGAGUUGCAGGGAUCUGAUUCCUGUUAAUGUUUGGAACUGUCUAGAAAUCAAAUCAGUGUUUCGGUUUGACAUUAUAUGAAAACCAAGCCAAUGAACAGGAGCCUUAAAAUGUGUACAAUGCCUGGUGCAAUUUCUAAAGUGGGGCCAAGGAAUGGAAAAAAGACUGGGGGAAAGGAGAUUUGGGGACUGGCUGUGCCCAUCUUACUGGCUCAAUGGACUGUGUGUACCCAGCCACUGUGGUUAAAGCAAGUUGCUGUGCGAACUCAUCCAACCUCAUCCAUUAAAUUAGUAAAUCAUGGUUCUGUUAACAAUAAGCUAGCAUGCUAUGUGAAUAGCGCCAGUGCUGGGGUCAGGUGUCUGUGGUUUCCCAUUACUAGAAAAAAUGUGAUACAAACUGAGUUACCUACAAAUUUACUUAACAAAAUACCUGGGAAAUGGAUAGUUUGGGUUGAAGUUCUAUACUUACUAGCCUGGGCACAACUUCCAUGGAAUCAAAUUGGCCUUACUUCUGACUCUUUAUUUUAUGUUGGUAUAGAAUAUAAUUUUGCAAUACAUGGCCCUUCAUGUAGCUGUUACAACCCACACAUUUUAAUUAUGACUGUAUUUUCAAUUGGGUAUAAACUUAUUUUAAAAAUAUAUGGGGAAAAGAUU